UAAUGAGGAGCGAGCGUACGACAACAAAGAUCGAGCUGGGAGUUUCACUGGAAAAAAACAAGUAAUGGGUGCGAUUACGAUGCUCCAGAAACAAAAGAAAAUAACGGGGUUGAUGUACCCGCGGUCUUCAUUAUAAACAAAAACUGUAAAAGAUGUGUAGGAAUUGACAAAGUGAAUUUGAAGAGGUUAAGUGGUGGAAGAGGGAACGAUCAUUUGAACUGAGAUGCAAAUGGCUUCAAUGGCACAGACUGGUGAAAACAUUGAUAGAAGAGGUAGCAUGUGGAUUUUGGAUCAGAAGCUUGAUCAGCCCAUGGAGGAGGAAGCUAAGAGGCUUAGAAAUAUGUACAAGGAAAAGAAAUUUUCGGCAUUAUUGGUUCUACAACUUGCAUUCCAAAGCCUUGGAGUAGUCUACGGAGAUUUGGGCACGUCUCCCUUGUAUGUUUUCUACAACACAUUCUCUGAUCGAAUUGAAGACCCUGAGGAUUUGAUCGGAGCCCUAUCAUUGAUUAUAUAUUCCCUUAGCCUUGUUCCACUCCUCAAGUAUGUUUUUAUCGUUUGUAGAGCAAAUGACAAUGGUCAAGGUGGAACCUUUGCUCUUUAUUCACUACUCUGUCGACAUGCAAACAUAAAGAUUAUUCCCAAUCAAGAUGGGACUGAUGAAGAUCUAACAACGUAUAGCCGCUCUGUAUUCCCUGAGCAAUCAUUUGCUGCAAGAACCAAAAGGUGGUUGGAGGGAAAUGCAUUCAAGAAAAAUGCGCUUCUUGUUCUUGUACUUAUUGGCUCUUGCAUGGUGAUUGGGGAUGGGAUUCUGACUCCAGCUAUAUCGGUUCUAUCUGCUGUUGGCGGGAUAAAUGUGGGUCACACCGUGAUAAGCAAUGAUAUAGUUGUGCUUGUUGCAGUUGUCAUAAUAGUAGGUUUAUUUAGCAUGCAACACUUUGGUACGGAUAAGGUUGGUUGGUUAUUUGCCCCAGUCGUGCUUGUCUGGUUUAUCUUGAUUGGAGGUAUUGGCAUAUUCAAUAUUUGGCGAUACGAUAGCAGUGUAUUGAAAGCCUUUUCUCCGGUGUAUAUAUAUCGUUAUUUUAAAAGGGGAGGGAGAGAUAGUUGGACAUCCCUGGGAGGUAUAAUGCUCAGUAUAACAGGAACAGAGGCACUUUUUGCCGACCUAUCCCAUUUUCCAGUUUCAUCCAUACAGAUUGCGUUCACAGUAAUUGUAUUUCCUUGCCUUCUUUUAUCGUAUUCUGGACAAGCAGCGUACCUUUUGAAGAACCCAGAUAAUGUAGUGGGUGCAUUUUAUCAUUCUAUUCCAGAUAGCAUAUAUUGGCCGGUGUUUCUUGUUGCAACUGGAGCUGCUGUUGUUGCAAGUCAGGCUACUAUAUCUGCAACUUUUUCAUUAGUCAAGCAGGCCCUUGCACUUGGUUGUUUCCCAAGAGUGAAAAUUAUACAUACCUCAAAAACGUUCCAUAACCAGAUAUAUAUUCCAGACAUUAACUGGAUUCUCAUGAUUCUUUGCAUUGCAGUAACAGUUGGAUUCAAAAACCAAACCCAAAUUGGAAAUGCUUCUGGGACAGCAGUUGUGAUAGUCAUGCUCGUGACCACAUUGCUUAUGACUCUAAUCAUGAUAUUGGUGUGGCGCUGCCAUUGGAUAAUUGUGCUGAUCUUCACUGGCUUAUCACUGGUUGUGGAGUGCACUUACUUUUCUGCUGUACUAUUGAAGGUCAAUCAAGGUGGUUGGGUUCCUCUUGUGAUUGCAGCAGCCUUUUAUAUCAUCAUGUAUGUUUGGCAUUAUGGUACGGCUAAACGCUAUGAGACUGAGUUGCACAGUAAGGUUUCAAUGGCCUGGAUUCUCGGGCUUGGCCCCAGUUUAGGACUUGUCCGGGUCCCUGGGAUAGGAUUAGUGUACAGUGAACUAGCCAGUGGAGUACCCCACAUAUUUUCUCACUUCAUCACCAACCUACCUGCUCUUCACUCUGUGGUUGUGUUUGUCUGUGUGAAGUACCUUCCUGUCCACAAGGUCCCAGAAGAAGAGAGGUUCCUUGUAAAGCGGAUUGGACCCAAGAGUUUUCAUAUGUUCCGUUGUGUUGCUAGAUAUGGAUAUCAAGACCACCACAAAAAAGAUACCGAUUUUGAGAAAAAGCUCUUUGAUAGCCUCUUCCUGUUUAUUCGACUCGAGUCCUUGAUGGAAGGAUGUUCCGACUCUGACGUGUCUAGUUUGCUUGGUGAGGAAACUGUCCAAUCAGAUAACACCAACAAUGACAACACACCUCACUCCAAUUUGGGCAACACAGUCUCAUCAUCAGACUCCAUUGUGCUCGUUAAUUCUUUGUCGCACGCAAACAAUAGAAUCAGCGAGAUUGAGAUGGAUGAGUUAGAAUUCUUGAAUAACUGCAGAGAUAUUGGGGUAGUACACAUUCUGGGCAAUACGGUAGUGAAAGCUAGGAGGGAUUCAAAGUUCUACAAGAGGAUAGCUAUUGAUUACAUAUAUGCAUUUCUUAGGAAGAUCUGCAGGGAAAACAGUGCGAUCUUCAAUGUUCCUCAAGAGAGUCUCUUGAACGUCGGGCAGAUAUUGUAUGUAUGAGUUGUUGGUUGGUUUUUAACCAAUAUCAUUUCAUAACUGCUCACCUUCCAAUAUAUAUUGCUUUGGCGUGCACAAUAAGAACCUGAGUGGAAAGUGGGGUGAUAGAGACCAAACCCAGUUAAAGUGGCUGUGUUUCUAAGUUU